AUGUACCGAAAGAAAAGGAGCAUUCCAGGCCUUCGCAAUGUCUCCCGGCGUCGGGAGACCAUUUUCAGAAAGUGCAGCGAGCUCAGUCAAUUUGGCGUUGAUGUGUGGAUAGUAAUCUGCGCUGGAGCUCGGAGCUCCGUUUUCCGAUCUUCAGAAUCCGAAUUAUUCGGCUCUUUAGACCGCCAAAUAAUGCGUGCAUCUCAUCGCCCGACCUGGAAAGGACUCCGUGAUUAUGAUAGGAGACUACGCGAACGCCGUCCCUUAAGGUUGAUUGACCGGCUCGAAGUGGACGUUCCUGCUAUUGCUGGUGACCAGAAAUAG